AUGUUGCACAAACAAAUUUACUAUUCGGACAAAUAUGACGACGAGGAGUUUGAGUAUCAACAUGUCAUACUGCCCAAGGACAAAGCCAAGCUGGUCCCUAAAACCCAUUUGAUGUCUGAAUCUGAAUGGAGGAAUCUUGGCAUUCAGCAGAGUCAGGGAUGGGUCCAUUAUAUGAUCCAUGAACCAGAACCUCACAUCUUGCUGUUCUGGCGCCCACUACCCAAGAAGCCAAAGAAAUGAAGCUGGCAAGCUACUUUUCAGCCUCAAGCUUUACACAGCUGUCCUUACUUCCUAACAUCUUUCUGAUAACAUUAUUAUGUUGCCUUCUGUUUCUUACUUUGAUAUUUAAAAGAUGUUCAAUACACUGUUUGAAUGUGCUGGUAACUGCUUUGCUUCUUGAGUAGAGCCACCACCACCAUAGCCCAGCCAGAUGAGUGCUCUGUGGACCCACAGCCUCAGCUGAGUGUGACCCCAGAAGCCACGAUGUGCUCUGUAUGCAGAACACACUUGGCAGAUGGAGGAAGCAUCUGAGUUUGAGACCAUGGCUGUUGCAGGGAUCAUGUAAACUUGCUGUUUUUGUUUUUUCGUGCCGGGUGUUGUAUGUAUGGUGACUUGUGGAUUUAUGUUUCAGUGUAUUGGAAACUUUCCAUUUUAUUCAAGAAAUCUGUUCAUAUUAAAAGCCUUGAUUAAAGAGGAAGUUU